AUUAACCUGAACUCCCCAGGUUCUCCGGGCUCUCCUCCCCGACUCGGCACUUCAUUAUUCUUCCUUCUUAUCUCGACAAUCCACUUUGACACCUCUCACAACCAAGGCCACGUUUUCUCCCCCGGCCCUCUCGCAACAAGCACACCAGCCACAACCACCCGCAGUGUGCGAGAUUCAUCCCCCAUUUCCCACAACCGCCCCAGUCUCGAGCCCGCUCACUAUGGCCCUCGAGACCCAGACAAAGACCGUUGUCGGUCAGUUCGACUAUUCGGACGAAGAUGUCAAUAAGGGCGUCGUAGAGUUCCUUCGUCAAAUGGCCGAAGGUCUCGAGAAGGAUGGCGCUAGCAUGAGCCAGAUUCCCACAUAUGUCACCGCCGUCCCCAAUGGCACUGAAAAGGGUCUUUACAUGGCUGUCGAUCUCGGUGGCACCAACUUCCGCGUUUGCUCAAUCCAGCUCAACGGCGACACCACCUUUCGUCUGACGUACACCAAGGUCGCUAUCCCCAGAGAGCUCAUGGUUGCCAAGACCGCUGAGGAGCUGUUCGCUUUCUUGGCAAAGCAGGUCGAAAUCUUCCUCAGGACACAUCAUGGAGAGCACUUCGAGGCACAUAUCCGCAGACGCAUGACCAUGAGCUCCCCCGAGGGCUUCAAGGACGAGAACGUCUUCCGUCUCGGCUUCACAUUCAGUUUCCCCGUCCAACAAUUGGGUAUCAAUAAGGGUACGCUCAUUCGCUGGACCAAGGGUUUCGAUAUCCCAGACGCCGUUGGAAAGGACGUUUGCGCCCUCCUGCAAACGGAGAUUGACAAGCUCCAUCUCCCCGUCAAGGUCGCUGCUCUCGUCAACGACACUGUUGGCACUUUGAUGGCUCGUUCCUACUCUUCCCCUGGCAAGAGCGGUGCUAUCCUCGGUGCUAUCUUCGGUACUGGCACCAACGGAGCUUACGUCGAGAAGCUUUCCAACAUCAAGAAGCCCCUAGCCGGCGAGUACGAUAACUCUACCGGAGAGAUGGUCAUCAACACUGAGUGGGGUUCGUUCGACAACCAGCUCAAGGUCCUCCCUAACACACCAUGGGAUGUCCAGCUCGACCUGGCCACCCCCAACCCCGGUAUUCAGAUGUACGAGAAGCGUGUCUCGGGCAUGUACCUCGGCGAGAUCUUGCGAUUGACGGUCAUUGAUCUGCUUAAGAACCCAGACGUUGCUCUCUUCAAGGAUGAUAACUCGAGCUACAAUGACUGGAAGUCAACUACCAACAUCGCCGAACACUCCCCCAUCUACAAGCAGUGGGGUCUUGAUACCUCGGUCCUCUCUGUCGCUGCCGCUGACAGUACCCCCGAGUUGUCGAUCCUCCGCCAGGAGCUCGAGGCCAACCUCCACAUUUAUGCCCCCUCUUUGGAGGACGCUCAGGCUUUCAAGGCCAUUGCUGGUGCUAUCGGUCGUCGUGCUGCUCGUCUUUCGGCUGUUGCUAUUGCUGCCAUUGUUUUGCAGACCGGCAAACUCAACGACCCCGAGCAGGACGAGCCUAUCGACAUUGGUGUUGACGGAAGCUUGGUCGAGCACUAUCCCUACUUCCGUGACAUGAUCUACGAGGCUCUCCGUGCCAUUAAAGGCAUUGGUGAGGAGGGUGCCAAGCGGAUCCGUAUUGGUAUUGCCAAGGAUGGAUCUGGUGUUGGUGCCGCGUUGAUUGCUCUCGUUGCUGCCCGCAUGGAGAAGAGCACUUCCACAGCCGACUUCAUCAGCGACCUGCGUCUCAACGCCAAGAAGACCGACUUGACAGCUGUGCCUGAGGAUAGCGAGCUUGCCGCCGGGGAAUAGGAGUCCACAAAGGCAGCUUGUCCAUUGCCAGGCAUGACAUCACUGACAUGUCGCAGAAAGAGGUGCAUUGUUAUGUGAACAUGGCUUAGCGCAGGAAAGGAGUUUGGGAGUGAAGGUUGACAUGAAAAAAAUGUGUUAAGCGAAGAGCAACAUUUGUGUGCUGUGUAAGGAUGAACGACAAUGGGACGAGGAACCUGGAAAGGGAUAUGAGGUUCACAUAAAUAUUUCAAUGUUCUUCCUUUGGUAUGAUUGA